AUGUCCCUCUCACUUUCCAAAGGGCAGUUUCCGGCACUGGAAAAGAUCUCUGAACAUACUUUAAGUGCUACAUUAAAGACCAAUAUUAAGAUGGGAGAACAAGGAUUAGGUCUUAUAGUAAUUCAGAAUGGACCAUAUCUCCAGAUGACAAGUCUGGUUGAGAAAGGCUCUGCAGCUAAGAAUGGAAGACUCAAACCAGGUGAUAUUUUGAUUAAAAUUGGACACGCUAACGUUUUAGGGUGGACACUGCGAGAGCUUUGGCAACUUUUGCACAAUAUUCCCAUAGGAACAGUUCUACAGAUCAGGGUUUACAGAGAUUUUGUUGAAGUACCUCAGCACUGGCAAAAUGCACUUGAAUUAAUUCCUGAAGUAAAGCCUCCUGUGAAGACAGACAUUUCAAGUAAAGACAGUGAGACAAAAGAUGACACGUGGACAAGCAGUGAUGAUUAUGAAGAUGGAGACUCUGAUGGAAGUUUUAGAUACAAAACUACACAAUCAUUUUGUUAUGAUUCUACCAAAGAAUUGCCAUCAAUUUCGAAAACUUGGCAUGCAUUUAAAAGAAAAAAACACACAUUUACUGUAGGUGCUGAUAUUGGAUGUGACAUUAUAAUUCAUAAAGAUUCUGAUGCAUGGUAUAGUUCUGACUUUGCUACUGAUGGCAUUAGAUCUUCAUACUGGACUAUGGAAACACACGACAGCGAAUCAACAUCAUCUUCUUCCUCUAUAUCAGAUGCAUUUUGGCUUGAAGAGUUUGCCAGUAUUUUGGAAUAACUGAAUGGUCACAUCCAAUUUUAAACCUUCAGAAAUGGGAUUUUUCUGAAGCACUUUAUCAGCUGAAGGUUCACUUUCAAAAUAUUGAUUUUGAAAUUAGGUAAUUUGAAGAUUUAGCAUAGCAUGCCUUGACUGCCUAGGAUAUUUGGAAAUCUGGAUUCUAAGAUGAUAGCUGCUAUCCAAAGCCACUCUU